AUGGAGGCGGCGGGGAAGUUCAUAGUGGUGGGCGGCGGCAUCGCGGGCGUGUCUUGUGCGGAGCAGUUGGCAAUUCACUUCCCGUCAGAAGAGAUUCUCCUGGUAACAGCUUCUCCUGUUAUUAAAGCAGUUACAAAUUUCAAGCAGAUUUCUAAGGUAUUGGAAGAGUUUGAUGUUGAAGAACAACCAAGUACCAUGUUAGAAAACCGCUUUCCCACCAUUAAAGUUAUAGAAUGUGGAGUAAAGCAACUGAAGAGUGAAGAACAUUGCAUUUUAACAGAAGAUGGCAGUCAGCACGUAUAUAAGAAACUCUGUCUGUGUGCUGGAGCUAAACCAAAGUUGAUAUGUGAAGGAAAUCCUUAUGUAUUAGGAAUCCGUGAUACAGAUAGUGCUCAGGAAUUUCAGAAACAGCUUACGAAUGCUAAAAGAAUCAUGAUCAUAGGGAAUGGUGGUAUUGCACUUGAAUUAGCGUAUGAAAUCGAAGGGUGUGAAGUAAUUUGGGCCAUUAAAGAUAAGGCUAUUGGGAAUACUUUCUUCGAUGCAGGAGCAGCUGAAUUCUUGACCUCAAAGCUCAUUGCUGAAAAACCAGAGGCUAAAAUUGCACAUAAAAGAACCAGAUAUACAACUGAAGGAAAGAAAAAGGAAGCAGGAAACAAAAUUAAUGCUGGUAAUAUAGGCAGUGCCUUGGGACCUGAUUGGCAUGAAGGCUUAAAUCUUAAAGGAACAAAAGAGUUUUCUCAUAAGGUUCACAUUGAAACUAUGUGUGAAGUAAAGAAUAUCUAUCUUCAGAAGGAAUUUAGACUCUCUAAGAAAAAGUCCUUGACAUUUCCAAGAGACCAUCAUAAUGAGUUCGUUACAACUGAUAAAGAAAUAUGGCCUGUGUAUGUGGAACUGACCAACGAAAAGAUAUAUGGCUGUGAUUUUAUUGUCAGUGCUACGGGAGUUACGCCAAAUAUAGAACCUUUUCUCUGUGGCAACAAUUUUGAUGUAGGAGAAGACGGUGGCCUGAGAGUGGAUGAUCAUAUGCACACAUCCCUUCCUGAUAUCUAUGCUGCAGGUGACAUCUGUACUGCUUCCUGGCCACCCAGCCCAUUCUGGCAGCAGAUGAGGCUGUGGACCCAGGCUAGACAGAUGGGAUGGUAUGCAGCAAAGUGCAUGGCUGCAGCUAGUUUAGGAGACUCCAUUGACAUGGAUUUCAGCUUCGAACUUUUUGCUCACGUAACAAAGUUUUUUAAUUAUAAGGUUGUAUUGCUGGGAAAAUACAAUGCACAGAGCUUGGGUUCAGAUCAUGAAUUAAUGCUGAGAUGUACCAAAGGACAAGAAUACAUCAAAGUCGUCAUGCAGAAUGGACGGAUGAUGGGAGCUGUCUUAAUUGGUGAAACCAAUUUAGAAGAAACAUUUGAAAACUUGAUAUUAAACCAGAUGAAUCUUUCAUCAUAUGGAGAAGAUCUACUAGAUCCAAACAUUGAUAUAGAAGAUUAUUUUGACUAA